AUGGCUAGCGUCUACUCCGACAAGGGCAUCCGCGCCUCUCCCAGCCACCAGCAGUCUGUGGCUACAUUCUCUACGCCAUCUUGCGUCAGCGACAUACAGAGUUUCCUGGGUCUCACCAACUUCCUCCGCCGUUACAUUCGUAACAUGGCCGAUCUCACCACACCACUUCCUGCUCUCACUAAGAAAGGUGAUCCACAGUUCACCGUUGUCACCGACCACAAGCCGCUCCUGCAACUCAUGGCCGUCGGAUCGAGACCUCCGCCACAAAUUGAGCGCAUGGUCCUUCGCCUGCAGGAUCUCAGCUUCCAGCUCCAGUACAAGCCUGGCCCAGAAAACCCGGCCGACGUCGUCAGUCGCAAUCCGCAGCCUCAUCCCGACUUGCCAAACAUCGGCGCACAGGAAGACACUGCGUACAUACAUGCCCUAGCUACAGCAGCUAAGCCGAAUGCGUUGGCUCUGGAGGAGAUUGCGGACGCCACCACCGCAGACACCACACUGCAAGCCAUCCUUUCCUCUCUGCAAUCUGGCCGCUGGGAUUCCAACCACACCACGGUCCGCCCCUUACACAUGCGGGCCACCAAGGUAUUGUCCGCACCAAGCAACGGCUCAAUAGCGAGGUUUGGUGGCCCAACAUGGCGACUGAAGCCGAAGCACUCUGCCGGCAAUGUAUUCCGUGCCAAGCAACUCUCUCAACGACACCCCUACGUCCGGGAGUCCGUGCCCACACCACCGUCCACCAAGCCGUGGCAACGAGUCUUCGUCGAUUUAUACGGACCCAUGCCAAACGGUCAGCACCUGCUUGCCACUAUCGACCAGUUGACUCGCUACCCGGUCAUCAACGUGUUCAGCACGACACCCACUACGGCCGGUGUUUUUAAAGCUCUGCGCUCUACAUUAUCCAUGUUUGGCUUGCCCGAAGAGCUAGUCUCGGACAACGGUCCUCAGUUCCGUUCUCCGGCUUUUGCUGAUUUCCUCGCGCAACACGCUAUCCAGCACCGCCACACCCCUCCUUUGUGGCCACAAGCAAACGGAGCAGUCGAGUGCCUCAACCGUACCAUUGGCAAAGUUCUGCGAACUGCCAAACUAGCUGGCAAAGACAUCAAUGUUGCAUUAGACCAAUGGCUCCUAGCGUACCGCACCACGCCACACCCUGCCACUCGCGAGGCACCGGCAACACUCAUGUUUGGUCGCCCCAUCCGCGACAGCAUACCCUGCAUUACGGCAGCCGCACCAGACUUGCCUUCAGCUGCCCACCGUGACCAGCAAUUCCGCCAAUCCCAGUGCGACGCUGCCAAUGCCACCCGCCGGUCAAACGCCCCCAUCCUCACUCCUGGUCAGCGCGUCUUACGCCUCAAUGAGCAGGCACACAAGCUCUCACCACAGUGGGAUCCCAACCCCUGGACCGUGGACCAGAUUUCUGGGUCUACGAUCUCACUCAGCUCUGCUCUCCGAGCAUUCUGCUUCCAACACGACUUCCCGAAAGAUAGCUCGCUGACUUUGAUGCUUUGA